AUGGAGCUGCUGUCCACCCCCAAAAACAUCGAGAUCAACAACAUCACCUGCGAUUCCUUCCGCAUCUCCUGGGCCAUGGAGAAGGGGGACCUGGAGAGGGUCACCCACUACUUCAUCGACCUCAACAAGAAGGAGAACAAGAAUUCCAACAAGUUCAAGCACCGGGAUGUCCCCACCAAGCUGGUGGCCAAGGCGGUGCCGCUGCCCAUGACGGUGCGGGGCCACUGGUUCCUGAGCCCCCGCACCGAGUACAGCGUGGCCGUGCAGACGGCGGUCAAGCAGAGCGACGGCGAGUACCUGGUGUCCGGCUGGAGCGAGACCGUGGAGUUCUGCACCGGGGACUACGCCAAGGAGCACCUAGCCCAGCUGCAGGAGAAAGCGGAGCUGAUCGCCGGCCGCAUGCUGCGCUUCUCCGUCUUCUACCGCAACCAGCACAAGGAGUAUUUCCAGCACGUCAGGAUGCACUGCGGGAACGUGAUGAAGCCGUCGCUGAAGGACAACAGCGGGAGCCACGGCUCGCCCACCAGCGGGAUGCUGCACGGCAUCUUCUUCAGCUGCAACACCGAGUUCAACACCGGGCAGCCCCCGCAGGACUCGCCCUACGGCCGGUACCGCUUCCAAAUCCCGGCGCAGCGCCUCUUCAACCCCAACACCAACCUCUACUUCGCGGACUUCUACUGCAUGUACACCGCCUACCACUACGUCGUGCUGGUCCUGGCGCCCAAGGGCUCCUCGGGGGAUCUCUUCUGCCGGGAGCGCCUUCCCCAGCUGGACAUUUCCUCCAACAAGUUCCUGACGUGCUGCGUGGAGGAGGGCGAGCUGGUGUACCGCCACGCCCAGGACAGCAUCCUGGAGGUCAUUUACACGGAGCCGGUGGACCUGAGCCUCGGCGUGCUGGGGGAGAUCAGCGGCCACCAGCUCAUGAGCCUCUCCACCGCCAACGCCAAAAAGGACCCCAGCUGCAAGACGUGCAACAUCAGCGUGGGGCGUUAGGCGGCCCAGGCGGGCAGGGCCGGGCAGGGCGACGGGCGCUGCCCGCGGGGGCUUCUCCCACGGACGCCGGUGGGUGGAGGACA